UACCAAAGCACGCACGCACGGCUGGUGGGCUACUCAGUACCUGUCCAUCGUGAAACUCUAUCUGCAUAAACAUUAUUAUGCUUAAGAAACAAUCCGAGCACUGGAUGAAAACAAUGGCAACUUCACCUACUUCACCAACUUCACCAACAUCUCCCAAGGAAAAGAAGAGAAAUAUUGUAAUUAUUGGUGGUGGAAUCAUCGGUUGCACAUCUGCCUAUUACCUCACUCGCCACCCCUCAUACAACCCCUCCACGACAAAAAUCACCAUCAUCGAAGCCCAAUCUAUCGCAUCCGCAGCAUCUGGAAAAGCAGGUGGAUUGCUCGCACUGUGGGCACGACCAGCGUCCAUCGUCCCCCUUUCAUACAAACUUCACGCCGAAUUGGCACAGGAACACGAUGGCGCAAAGAGAUGGGGAUACCGUCAAUUGCAUUGUGGAUCGAUAGGAGCCAAAGCACGACUCAUCUCGGAAGCCGACCCGAAAGCGCCAACGGAGAAUGAAGGAGAAGCGUGGAAGAAACUACCCAAGACCGAUAUGAAGAAACAGAAAAAAUACUCGGGCGAUGAUGUCCCGUCGACGUUGGAUUGGUUCGAAAAUGAUAACAUAAAAUGGUAUUCCGAAAUGGGUACUCCAGAGACAACAGCACAAGUUCAUCCAUAUCAGUUUACCACUUCAAUGGCAGAUUUGGCCGUGGAAAAGGGCGUCGAAAUUAUUUAUGGUUCGGUGACUGCAAUUGACUAUACUGGAAAUAGUGUAAAAGGUGUUACCUAUGAGGACAAGGAGACGAAACAUAUUCAUAUGUUACCCGCAAAUGAUGUUAUAUUAUCUGCUGGCCCUUGGACAAGUCAUGUAUGGCCGGAAGCACCAAUCACUUCACAAAGAGCUCAUAGUGUUGUGAUUGAAGCGGAAGUAUCUCCAUGGGCAGUCUUUACAGAAAUCGACUUACCAAAAGGAUUUGGAAGAAAGAGUGAAGAUGGGGCGAAGAAGAGAAAACAUGAUAAGAUGGUUAAUCCCGAGAUGUAUGCUAGACCUGAUGGGACAGUAUAUGCUUGUGGUGAAGGAGAUGAGAGAAUUCCUCUUCCUAAAUCUUCCAAUCUAGUUGUAUGCGAUGAAUCUAGUUGCGAUGAUAUUAUCGAUUACGUAGGAUCGAUAUCUGAUCCUAUGCGAAAGGGAAAAGUUGUAGCUAGACAAGCAUGUUAUCUCCCAUUAGCUAGUAGUGGUGGGGGUCCAUUGAUUGGUCAUACAGGUAUUCGAGGACUUUUCUUGGCAGCAGGACAUACAUGUUGGGGAAUUCAAAAUAGUUGUGCGACGGGAAAAUUGAUGAGUGAGUUCUUGUUUGAGGGAGAAGCGAAGAGUGCAGAUAUUCAUAGUUUGGAUCCGAGAAAGGUUUUGGGUGGUGAGGAUUAAGUAUGUAUGGUGAGAAAGGGGAUAGUAGUAGUAGGUAUCUAGUAGUAUUUGUAUUUAAUGACAUUUAUGAAUAUUUUUCCCGUUGGUAAUUAAUUAGGUUGUGUAGAGAAGAACUUGAGCUUCAGAAUUGAAUCGAGGAGAUUUAUUGGAUUGGAUUGGAUUGGAUUGCGGUAUUCAUUAGCUUUCAUACUUUCCUAUUGUCUUUUUCUCUCUCUUUUUUUUUUUUAAAUCAUAUGGUUGAUACAAUACCUACCUACCUACCUAUCUAUUCUUCAC